GCGAUCCCCCCUGUAAGAGUGAGGUGGAGGAGGACAUUCCAGGAGAUGUCACCACAGAAAACCUGAAUACGAAUUCUGAUGGAAAGUUCAUGUUAUCACUGAAUAUUAAAGCAGAAGAUGAAGAUAUCAUGCAGCACUUUUCAGGAGAAAACCUAAUUUCCUUUAAUGUACAUUCCGGACUUUACAGUACAGAUCUGUCAUAUAAUUCCACUAAUUAUGACGAACCUUGUCCUGAUAAAUCACACAUUGCUAUCCUAAGUAGAGGUCAGAAAGAGUGUAAAUGGUUUACUACUGUGAAACCUUUCUCAAGGCUUUCAAUACAUAGCAGAAUUCACACAGGGGAGAAACUAUGCUCCUGUUCAGAAUGUGAAAAUUGUUUUACCCAGAAAUCACAUCUAGUUAAACAUGAUAGAAGUCACACAGGAGAGAGACCAUAUUCAUGUUCACAAUGUGGGAAAUGUUUUACACAAAAAUCAAGUCUUGUUAUACAUCAGAGAACUCAUACAGGAGAUAAGCCAUAUUCAUGUUCAGAAUGUGGUAAGUGUUUUACAUGUAAAUCAUAUCUUGUUAAACAUGGGAGAACUCACACAGGAGAAAAGCCGUAUUCGUGUUCAGAAUGUGGAAAAUGUUUUACAGGUAAAUCAAGUUUUGUUAACCAUGGCAGAAUUCACACAGGAGAGAAGCCAUAUUCGUGUUCAGAAUGUGGGAAAAGUUUUACACAAAAAUCAGUUCUUGUUAGACAUGAGAGACGUCACACAGGAGAGAAGCCAUAUUCAUGUUCAGAAUGUGGGAAAUGUUUUACAGAUAAAUCAACUGUUACUAUACAUAUGAGAAGUCACACAGGAGAGAAGCCGUAUUCAUGUUCAGAAUGUGGGAAACGUUUUACAGAUAAAUCAACUCUUAUUAUACAUGAAAGAAUUCACACAGGAGAGAAGCCAUAUUCAUGUUCAGAAUGUGGGAAAUGUUUUACACAUAAAUCAGUUCUUGUUACACAUGAGAGAAGACACACAGGAAAGAAACCAUAUUCAUGUUCACAGUGUGGGAAGUGCUUUUCAGAUAAAUCAAAUCUUGUUAUACAUGAGAGAUGUCACACAGGAGAGAAGCCGUAUUCAUGUUCAGAAUGUGGGAAAAGUUUUACAGAUAAAUCCACUCUUAUUAUACAUGAAAGAAUUCACACAGGAGAGAAGCCAUAUUCAUGUUCAGAAUGUGGGAAAUGUUUUACACAUAAAUCAGUUCUUGUUACACAUGGGAGAAGACACACAGGAAAGAAACCAUAUUCCUGUUCACAGUGUGGGAAGUGCUUUUCAGAUAAAUCAAAUCUUGUUAUACAUGAGAGAUGUCACACAGGAAAGAAACCAUUUUGACAUUUUAUGGACCUCUCCAGUCAUUAUGAAAAAUACAGACAUUCCUCUGACCUGUUUAAGAAAGAUGGUUUUGUUAAUACUUACGCAGCUGCCAUGCUGUUUAUGCCACCAUUAGUGUUGAGUGAAUUCAAGCAUACAAAACAGAAUUCGAUCCAAAGUUUAGGAAAAACUUGAUUAGCCGCGAAGCCAAAUUUCCUUGAGCUUCGUGGAAACAAAUCAAUUUUUCCUAUAAUGGCUGAAAAUUAAAAAAAUAUUCUCACCUCAUCCACUUGAUCACGGAGAGGCCGUCCACUCUGUCUUGAUUGAAGAACACCCGCCAAAGCACAUGCAGUGAGCGUGAAGACGUCAACACAUGAUCAUGCUGGGCGCACCCAGUGACGUCAUUAGUGAUAGCAACACUGCACGCGGCCAGCAUUAUUACGUCGUGACAUCGUCACGCUCACCACAGGUCCUUUAGUGGAUUUUCUUCAAUCAAGUUGGGAGCGGAUGGCCUCUCCGUGAGCAAGUGGAUGAGGUUAAUAUAAUAUUUUUUUUAUCCCUGGAUUAACCCCCUGAGCACCUGAAUGUGAGUCUCAGAGGCCACAAUCAGAGUUGAGCAGCAUCUGAGGGGUUAAAUAAUGGUGGGGGGGACAGGUUAUUCCUGGGAAUCUUUUGUGCUUCAAGAAUUGGAUAGAAAUUGUGAGUUUGUUUUCAAUUUAUCAUUUAGUGCCUACAGCAAUCCAUGAUCUCCGACUCACUAAUGUAAUGGCUACCUGAUGAAUCUACCACAUCUUCUUGAGAUUGGAUUGAUCCACAGACACUACAAUUCUGUUUCCUUCCCACCUUCGUAAUUCCCUCCUCCCUUUUCCCAUUCCCAGAGACACGCGUUGAAAUAUGAGUUUACUGUCUGUGCAGUUCAAUCCAGAUUCUUUCUACCAGUUUUAUUCCUGUGAAUUACAAUAUUUCAUUUGCUGAUUACGCCCAAGUUCUUCUCAGUGAUGGCUCUGUAUCCUAGAUUUCUGUGUUUGUAAAAUUGUUAAAAAAAAAUCUAAUAAAACGUGUU